GCCUUUUAUUUCAUCUCUCACUUUGGCCUCCUCGUGAACCUUCUCUCUUACAAAAACCACUUCACUUCUCUUCUCUUACCCUUACACACACUAUCUUCUCUUACUCCCUCUUUCCUUUUCUCCGUCGCCCAUGGAUUCUUGCCGGAAAACUGCUCCUGGUUUUGUUCGAUACCGCUGCUACAAACCGCCAACUGAAACGAGUCCGUAAGGGAGGAGAUAACAAGACAAACAACCAAUUCUUUUCUUUUCUUAAUUGCUUGUUUCUGAGUUUUGGUGACUAAUCAAUGGCGGUGAAUUUUGGCUCUGCCUGGCACCUUUUUUUCUUCGUUUGGGUUGUAGCAAUGAGUUGGAAAGUUAGGUCGGAGCCCGUCCAGGAUAAAGAAGCGCUACUUGCGUUCAUCAGCAAGACCCCGCACGCUAACCGCCUCCAAUGGAACGAUUCUGACUCGGCCUGCAACUGGGUCGGCGUCGAGUGUGAUGCCAACCGCGAUUUUGUUUACACGCUCCGUCUACCGGGAGUUGGCCUUAUCGGUGAGAUUCCGCCUAACACUUUGGGUCGACUCACCGGGCUCCGAGUCCUCAGUCUCCGGUCGAAUCGUCUUUCCGGCAAGAUCCCUUCCGAUUUCUCCAACCUAACCGUUCUUCGCAGUCUAUAUCUGCAAGACAACGAGUUUUCUGGGGAAUUCCCUGCAAGUCUGACCCAGUUGACCCGCCUGACUCGGCUCGAUCUCUCCAGUAAUAACUUCACGGGCCCAAUCCCUUUCUCUGUCAAUAAUUUGACUCACUUGACGGGGCUAUUCUUGGAGAACAAUGGUUUCUCGGGUACCCUUCCGAGCAUCUCCGCCGGUUUGGUGGACUUCAAUGUGUCGAACAACAAUCUCAACGGAUCGAUCCCUGAUACCUUAUCGAAAUUUCCUGCAUCCUCUUUCAGUGGAAACCUUGAUCUCUGUGGAGGUCCCUUGCCGCCGUGUAACCCGUUUUUUCCAUCACCAGCUCCGUCUCCAUCGGAAAACCCUCCUGCGCCUCCAGUCCACAAGAAGUCCAAGAAACUGUCCACAGCCGCAAUUGUUGCCAUUGCCGUCGGCUGCGCAGUGGGUGCAUUACUUUUACUGCUCUUGCUCAUCCUCUGCCUACGGAAACGGCAGAGACGACAGCCCUCGAAGCAACAGAAGCCAGUGGUUCCAACAAGGGCGGUGCCGAUGGAGGCAGGGACGUCGUCGUCGAAGGACGACAUUACCGGCGGAUCGACGGAGGCGGAGAGGAACAAGCUUGUUUUCUUCGAAGGAGGGAUUUACAGCUUUGAUUUGGAGGAUCUGUUGAGAGCGUCGGCGGAGGUUUUGGGAAAGGGAAGCGUCGGAACCUCCUACAAGGCGGUGCUGGAAGAAGGAACCACCGUGGUUGUGAAGAGGCUUAAGGACGUGGCCGUCACCAAGAAAGAGUUCGAGACUCAAAUGGAGAUUCUUGGAAAGAUUAAGCAGGAGAAUGUAGUUCCAUUAAGGGCGUUUUACUAUUCCAAAGACGAGAAACUCCUCGUCUACGAUUUCAUGCCUGCGGGCAGCUUAUCUGCUCUUCUUCACGGUAGUAGGGGUUCAGGCCGGACGCCGCUGGACUGGGAAAACCGGAUGAGGAUAGCACUAAGUGCGGCAAGAGGGCUAGCUCACCUACACGUGUCAGGAAAAGUGGUCCACGGCAAUAUCAAAUCAUCCAACAUCCUUCUCCGACCCGACCACGACGCUUGCGUUUCGGAUUUCGGGCUUAACCCGCUUUUCGGCACCACGACACCACCGAACCGGGUGGCGGGUUAUCGGGCCCCGGAGCUUGUUGAAACCCGCAAAGUCACCUUCAAAUCGGACGUGUACAGUUUCGGUGUGUUGCUAUUGGAGUUACUGACAGGAAAGGCACCGAACCAGGCGUCGUUGGGCGAGGAAGGGAUCGAUUUGCCUCGGUGGGUCCAGUCGGUUGUCCGGGAGGAAUGGACGGCGGAGGUUUUCGAUGUGGAGCUGAUGAGAUACCACAACAUCGAGGAAGAGAUGGUGCAGCUGUUGCAGAUCGCCAUGGCCUGCGUGUCCACCGUACCCGAUCAGAGACCCGCAAUGCCGGAGGUGGUCCGCAUGAUUGAGGAGAUGAACAGAGCCGAAACUGAUGACGGGUUAAGACAGUCGUCCGAUGAUCCAUCAAAAGGAUCAGAGGGUCAGACCCCGCCGGCGGAAUCAGGGGUCCGACUCACACCUUAGACUUUUCUCCUCGAAUGGAAUUAUUAUUUUUUUGCGAAAAAGGCAAGGAAGAGAAAGACCAAAAAAGACAAUACGAUGGUGGUCCAUUGGUGGUGGUAGCUCCGCUCAAGCUUCCAUUAAAAUAUGCACAAUGCGAAAGUAACACUGGGGAGUGAAGGUUGGUCCCUUUUUUUUUUUUUUUUUUUUUU